AUGCGUGCUUGGAUGGCGGCCCCGCUCCUUUCUCUGCCCCUUUCAAGAGCCAGCCGAAAGGCCCCGGCCGCUGCCCCUUCCUCCCUUCCCCCCAACCCGGGCUUCUCUCUGACAGUUGUUGGCCGGCCCUCUCGCGCCUCCUCCUCCUCCUGUCCGGGGUGUCCCUCCCCCCUCCCGCAGAGAGCUAAUGAAGAGGGGGUCCUGCCCGGCGGGGGCUUGAGAGCGCCGUGCCGGCGCCCCCUCCCCGCCGCCCCCCCAGCCCCGGUUUCGGCCGUUUGGCCCCUCGCCCUUUCCCCGGCCGCAGAGUCGGGCUCGCGAGGGGGCAUGGACGUGUCGGAGGCCCAGGGAGGGAUGGAGCCAACCGCGGCCCUCGGGAAGGAGGAGGGCAAGCGGCCGGAGGCUUGGGCCCCGGGGCCGGCCAGACCGUGCAGCGCUCCCCCCGAGCAACACCAGCAGAAGGCGGCGGGCAAAGAGGAGCUGAGCUACGAGCUGCAGCAGGGCUAUCGCAUCCUCAGCGAGUUUCUGAUGGAGAAACACCGAGGGCUCACCGCCCCCUUUUUGCAAGCCAAGAGGGGCGAGGGCAACGGCCACGGCAACUGCCGUCCCGGCGAGGAGCUGCCCUUUGGGCCGGCCGGCGGCGGCGGCGGCGGCGAACUCCUGCAGUCGGGGCUCAAUAUGUGCCUGCUGAAGAUGGAGGAGAAGUUCUCCAGGGGCCAGUACGGGAGCAUAACAGAGUUCGUGGCCGAUUUCAGGUUGAUGUUGGAGACCUGCUACCGGCUGCACGGGGUGGACCACUGGAUCUCCAAGCAGGGCCAGAAGUUGGAGAUGAUGCUGGAGCAGAAGCUGGCGCUGCUCUCUCGGCACUUGAGAGAAAAGACAUCCAUAGCAGUUACAUCCAAAGGCUGUUAUGGUUUGGAGGAUGAAAGAGGCACACCGUUUACUUCAACAAGACGUCGUUCGAUGUCUCGUGGUUUGACGGGUCUGACGAGUGGAGCUUUUGAGUCUAUAAUCGUUCAAAUUCUGAGACAUGAAGAACAACUGAGAGCCAAAGAAGAGAAAAGAUUACGGGAGCAAGAAAGGAAAGAAGCAGAAGAAGCCAGUCAAAGGGAAAUCGAAGAAUGGGAAAGAAAGCUUUUAGCUCAAGCAGCACCCACCUCCAUGGAGCAUUUGUGGGAAAUUCCAGCUAUUGGCCACUUCCUUUGUUUAGCCCAACAGAUCCUCAACCUGCCCGAAAUAGUCUUUUAUGAAUUGGAGCGCUGCCUCCUGAUGCCUCAGUGUAAUGCUUUCUUGUCUAAAAUAAUGACGUCUCUGUUGAGCCCUCCUCACCGCCGGGCCACCUUACACAGAAGACCCACCCUGCCUUACAAGAUGUGGGAAGCGGCCCUCAGGCAGAAGGUACAGCAGUGGUAUGCCGUCGUCAGGCAGACGGAGAGCCCCGACAGCUGUGCCGAGAAACUCGGCCUGUGUCCUCAGUUCUUUAAAGUCAUCGGAGAAGUUAGCCCGCUGGAAGAGAAACCAUUUCACCAACUCCCCUUUUACCAAAGAGUGUGGCUGCUGAAGGGCCUGUGCGAUUUUGUGUAUGAGACCCAAAAAGAAGUUCAGGAUGCUGUGCUGGGACAGCCCAUCCAUGAAUGCAGAGAAGUGAUUCUCGGCUACGAUUACCUGGAAAAUGCUUAUGUCCAUUUUCCACAGUUCUGUGGGGCCGAUGUACGAAUUUACAAACAGAAACCCUUUCAAGCCCCCGAAUAUCCCAUCCCGCUUAUUAAAAUACAAAGGGUGUCUCGGGUGAAACCGGAGAAAUUGAAGUCAGAGUAUGUGAGCAAGAGCAAUGGAGAAGUUAGGUCUGCAAGUAAAGGAGAGUUGGCCUCCACCCCCAAGAAAGAGCAGGAAAUCCGCCUUGACUCGGUUUGCAGCCUGGCCAAGACCUACUUGGCUACUCCGAGCAUCACCAGGGAAGAAGCAGCCCAAACCGAGUGGGAAAUCCAAACUCACUGUGCCUGUGAAUCGAAAGCUGUGGGCUCUAGAGGAAAGUUUGGGAAGCCAGUUAGUCAAUGCGAAGUUAUUGGCUUUGGGGAGCCUCUCAACCUUGCUGAAAUGGAAGCCUUAGAAAACAGGGCAAAAGAGGGUGAGGCUUCUGGAGGAAAAUCUGCACCCAGUCCAUUGAAGGAGAAUGCCGUUAGAAUUUGCCAGCUACAUGUGAAUGGAAGCCACAGUGACAAUCCGGACCUGAACUGCCACCAGUUUACGAGGGACAUCACCGUAGAUCAUUCACUCCGGAACAAUCAAAAGCUCCAACUUACGAAAAUGCGGGCAAAGAAGAAAAAGAAGAAAAGGAAAUUGAAAGAUGUCUUGAGUGAAACCAUGAAGAGAAAACGCGAAGGUUUUCAUUCUCUCGUAUUCAAGUCUUACAAACCUGAGAUCCACAAUAAGUUAUUUAUCAUCAAAAAGAAAGCAAAGCACAAGAAGCACAAAUCCGGGAAAAAAUCCAUAUCUAAAAAUGCAAUCAUAAAGAAAAGGAAAGCUGUCAGGAAGUCACCUACUGUACCGGAGUUUCAGCUUAUUUGCACUAAUCUUGAUGAACUCAGGGAAUUAAUCACGAAAAUCGAGAGUGAACUCAAAGAUCUGGAAAACCAUAGAAAAAAAACGGGAAAAUGGAAUCAUCGGAGGCAAGCUGUAAAGGAACUACACAGUACAUUGAUGCGCCUUCUAAAUGAAUUGCUGCCAUGGGAACCAAAGCUAGUGAAGGCUUUUCAAAGAAACAGGAGUCGACUGAAGAAGGACUAUGAUGAAUUCAUAAAACAGCCAGACCAUGAUAUAUUUUCCCGAGAAUCGUGGGCUAGGGAAAGAGCUGAAGUAGAUUCCGUAAAAGAGUCUGCCAGGGUAGAAGUCAAAAAACCUAUAGAAUAUAUAGAACAUCUGGAUAUUUUUGAGACUGAGCGUCGUGGUUCAGAUGCUCUGAAACGGUCAGAAAUAGAUUUUUCCAUAGGCAAAAGCAGGCUAUUAAAGAAAGAGUUUUCUUCUAAAGAUGUACAGAAGACACUGCCUAAAACACUUAAACGUCAGUACAAGCAAAACAGUUAUCUGGAUAAUAGCACAAAGGAGCUUUCACCAAGGAAGAAAGCCAAAUUAAGCACAAGUGAGGCUACAGUUUUGAGUUUAGAAAGCGGGGUGGACACUGACUGUUCUCUGAGAGAGUCCAAACAAACCAAACCGGCGUCUCCAGAAAUGGUUGCCCCAGUGGAAUCUACAAUGUCCGGUUCCAGUUUCCUGAAAGGGACCAAACCUAUUCAGGCCUUGCUUGCCAAGAAUAUUGGGAACAAAGUGACCUUAACAAAUCAGCUGCCACCUUCCGAAAACAGGAAUGUGAUUUCCUUGGAAAAGCCAGUUAUUUUGCCUUUAGAAUCCGGCCCAAUAAACUCAGAAGUGACCUGCCACACCAAUUCAAACGGGCCUUUACAAAUGGUUUGCAAAAUUCCCUGUGGUCCAUGUGGGCCGGUAGAUCUUCAAAACAAUUCUGUGACGAUUCAGAGGCAAUCUGUGACUGAUCCUACAACUGGUGAAAAAGUCAUGAAGCAAAUUCUUAUUUUGCCCAAAAAUUUUCUCAUUGAGCACAAGGAAGGAAAAGCUGUUUUGAAAGAAAUCCAGUCUUUCCCAGAGAAGGUUAAGGAGAAACAGCGUUCCUCUUGCCCACCGACAGCAGAUGUAAGCUCUUCUUUAGCACCAGGUCUGGUUAACCCUCCUGCAGAUAUUUCUACACAACUACCUAGUAUGAUUUUCAACAGUAAUUUUAUGCCAGUAACAAAUGUGAAUAGUUCUAGACCCCAGCCCCUGCCCUCCGAAACUUCAACCAGUCAUUUUUUCGCAUCAGCAGUUAAACCUAGCCAAAGCGAGCCUGGAAAAGUCCAAAAUACCCUUUCACCAGUCACAUUCCCUCGGCCCGUUGCUUCCCCCACCAUUUCCGUGACCGCUCCGCCUGUAACACUAAGUCGCUCUCCAAAUCCUAAGAGUUUGGUCAACAGUCUAGCCCCAGAGCAAGCAAUUGACUCGCCUGAAGCCAAACAAGAACUUAAAACGGUUUGCAUAAGAGAUUCGCAGUCCAUCCUUGUCAGGACACGAGGUGGGAACACAGGCGUUGUGAAAGUACAGACCAAUCCAGAUCAGAUUUCUCCCAACAGCUUCACCCCAAGUUCAGUUUUCACGUACGCCCCUCAGCUUCAGACAAUUCUGGUGCCCAAAUCCACACCACUUUCAGCAGUUUCAGGAGCAGCGACGACAUCUUACCUCCCUCCUUUUGGCCAGGGGUCUAUUUCUGGGGCUGUUCCAUCAUCCUCUUCUGUUUCCAUUCCAGCCAUCCCUGCUGGCGUCAAGCAGCCAGCGGGGAAGGACCUCAAACCUGCAUCAGCUCAGUCCACCUUCAGCGGUAACCCGGGGCAGGUGAUGGAUAAAACCGUACAGGUAACUUCGUCUUCUCCAUCCUCCGUUUCAACCGGCUCAUCGGUACCGUUGACAUCGAGCAGUCCGGUUAGUGUCAUUGGCGUUUCGACAGGAAAUUCGGGAAAACCCAACCCAAACCGUAUCCGUUCGCCACUAGCGCAGCCGCAAGUUGACUUUCACCCCAAGAAGUCUCCCGUCACACGCCCCGAAAUAACUCUCCCCACAAACGGGGAACUGGCCGGCGGCCCUGCCGCCCCUAAACUUGUGUUGGUCACAGCUCCGUCGAUUAUUUCCUCCUGCAGCAAAGCAGUUAAUGUGGUGCCGACUCCAGUAUCCACAGGCGUUGCCCCGAAACUAGUUUUCAUUAACGCUCCAAUUCCCAGCGGCACUUCCACCUCAACCCUAAUUGCGGAGUCCUUAAAGCAAACCCUCCCUCCCUCCCUAAGCAACGCAUAUGUCAAAAACACCGAGCAACCUCAGAUCGUCCUGAUUCCUACCGUAGCAAACCCCAUCAAAAUCAAUCCGUCACCCACAGUGUCUCAGAUAAAAGAUGUCAAAAUUGGGCUGAACAUAGGUCAAGCCAUUGUAAAUACUCCAGGCAGUGUACAGAAUGUACCGUCGAUCAGCCUCGUACAGAAUGCAUCUCUGGCGGGAUCGGAAGAACAAAACAGCAAAGGCUUCGUUUUGCCUUUGUCGACGAGCGGCAGCUCAGUUUCAGUGAAUUCCAGUCUCGUCAGUCAGACCCUUCCAUCCCUCAGUGAACCGGUUCCUUCCACGAGAGCGGCCAACAUGUUUGUAGUAACGACGGCCAGUACGUCCCUAAGCUCUAUUUCAGUAGCCUCAAAUUGUACCUCUGGAGCACGCCCCACUGUUUUGGUUGGUGGAAAUGAUACCUCUUCAAGAAUCGUGUCAGUUUUAGCCAAUAGCCUGUGUACACCCGCUCUCGGAAACUCCAUGGCUAUCUCAACUGUGAAAACAGGGCAUCUGGCGUCAUCCGUGCUGAUUUCGACUUCCCAGCCCACCGUGUCUCCUCAGUGUUUGCCAUCGGCUCUGCAGAUCCCAGUGACGGUUGCCUUGCCCGCACCUGCCGCUGUCUCCCCGAAGAUCAUCAACACCGUCUCGCCUCUGGCAGCAGUUCCAGGGGCUGCGCAUUCUUUAGCCCUUUCGAAGAGGCUGCCACAGACUUUGGUUCAGUUUCAGACACCAGGGGUGUCAGCUCCAGUGCCAGCAAACGCGAACGUGAAUUAUCCGCCGACUCUGGUCCCGUCUGCUUCACUGAAUGCCGGGAAAACGUUUCAUUUUGCCAACUUCGCUCCUCUGCCAAGCCAGCACAUGCCUCUCAACUUAGUAAAACCAGCACACAGUUACAGUUGUAUUCCAGUUGCCUCUGCCCUUCAGACUUCUCCAGGGCCUACAGGCAUAACCAGUCUGGUAGGGGGUCAGUUGAAUGACUCUUGCAUUCAGCAGAAGAUAGUUAUUAACACCAAUACACCUCUGGCACCUGGGACUCAGAUUAUGAUUAACGGAAGCCACUUUGUGGUCCCGCCCCAGGGUCUGGGAGUAGGCAGCCAUGUCCUCCUAAUAACUACUAAUCCUUUCAUUUUUAGCAGUGGCCCGGUGUUUCCAGCGGCAUCUUUUGAGAAUCCUGCUCAGAAGGUGGCCCUGAUCCCAAGCAAUGCAUUAAGUCAGGAGCCUGAAAAUCAGCCCCCACAGAGCGCUACAAAAAUUGUGAAUUCUCCUGGAAAUGCCUGUACCCAACCCUCUGCGGCUGAAGCGUCUGCCCUAACCCGGGUACCAGUGAUGACGCAAUCUUCAGCGAUAAGGCCACCCCCACCUCCACUCGUAACUAAAGCUCCUUUGGCAGCAGCCACCCCUGAUGGUGACCCUCAGCCGAGUAGUACUCCAGUACUUAAUUUAGAUAUGCCAGCCAAAAAAUUGUUGGUUAGCCCAGAGGGAGCCAUUUUGAAUGCCAUAAAUUCACCUCAGGUCCCUCCCAAUUCUUCACCCUGUUCUGAAAUUAUAAUAUCCACUAGCCCAAAUCCUGCCACUGUCUUCCCUGCUUUUCAGUCAUCGGGCUUACAAAAGCCUGAUAAAGCUGCCUCUUGAGUUGAGACUGAAAGAAAUAGUCUUCAAUACUGGGCAUUGUUUUGAGUCCCAAAAUGGAUUUUCAGUUUUAUCAUACCACUGAAAGCCGUAGGGUUUUUUUUUCUUUUUUCCCCCUUCAUCUUCUCAUUACAUUGAAGCUGGAUUUUGUAUCCUUGGGAAGAGGAAAAUAAUUCACUUUCAUUUACAGAUAAAGGUAUGUUUCCAAGAGUUGUUUGUGUGAUAGCGGUCAAGAAUGACCAAUCUGUUAACGAUACAAGAAGUUCAAGUUUGACUAGUUUAGCUUAAUCUAGCCUUUUGCACAUUUUCAUUAACUUGUUUCCUCCUAAAUUUGGACUAUUGUACCGUGUCUACAAUACCAGUAGAAUGUGUCUUUUCAUUUGUGAAAUCUUAUUUUUGUUUCUGUAAAAAAAUAUUUAUGCAUUGUGACGAUGCAGUCCAUGGUGUAAAAUUGUACAUAUUUCUGAAUCUCUAACAAUCUGUACUAAACUAUAUGUACAAAGAAUUAUGCUGUUUUAUUUAUGUUUUGUUUACAUAAUGUAUAGUUUUUUAAGUAUUUUAGUAAUUUUGGACCAGUGUACUGUUUAGCAACAAUGCAGAUGGAUCUGCAUGUAAUAAACCAAGUUGCUGUAUUGCUUUUUUUAUUAUUAAUGUUUUAAAGAUGUGUACCUGGGGAGUUAUGGAAGGCAAAUACCACCAGAGGUUGGCAGAACCCGGGAGUCAGAGGAAGAAAAUCUGUGACAAUUGGAGUCUUAAUGUGGACUAAGCUUCAGAAAAUUGAGUCUUGAGUUAUUCCACGGUGCAAGAUUAUGCUUCACAAAUUUCAUAAUACUUGUCCUAUGUCUGCGGAUUCGUUUUGGUUCGAUUCCCCACCAUGCUCCUUCCAUGCUCUGUGUAGAAAGAAUGUUCUGUAAUUCCCUAACAGUGUUCUCCCCAAACUGUGCAGCGCAAGCAGAUGCUGUAGAAAAACUGAACGUAAAUGGAAUUCGGUACUGAGAGACCGCGUGCUCUCUGGAGAACUUUUAAAAAAAAUCCAAUAGAUUCCACUCUGGUGUCCGGCAUGAGCUCCUGGGCUCUGGGUUGCAGCACACUAGAGUGACUGGAGAACCUCCCUUCGUUUCCCACCCCACAGAUUUGGGACGUUUCUGUUGCAUUUGGGUGAAAACAAAGAUGAUGGUGCCCAGAGCCAGAGAGCCUUUCUUUCGCGGAACAGGCGAUCUGAGGUCUGUGAACUCAGUCCACCCCUCAUUGCUCUCGCAGCGGGAGGCAGGGGAAAGGUCCACCCAGCCCCCUGAUGACUCAGCCUGCAUUAAGCGCAUCCCCAGCCGAGCAUCCCGAGCCAAGGGAGGGCGGACUGAGUGACCUCUCGGCCCCCUCUGUGCUUUGCACCGUUCUUUUUGGAUGUAUCCUUAGGGUUUCUGUGGAAGGGGAAAGAAGCAGGGUAGGUAGUGUAUUGUCAUCCAACUUUUUCGAUGUGUAGUGUUGAACCUUGGGAGGGUAGGGAAGUUAUAAAAACAUGUUUAUAUUGGAUAUUCCUCUAAAUGGUUUGUAUUAAA